CGGCAGCGUAGCUGUGCGGAGAAGCUCUGCGGACGGAAGGCAGCGGCUUCCAGGUCGAGGGGCCUCUGCAGGCCCAGCCCAGGGGGCAGGAGACCCUCCCCAGGGACGUCCAUCACCAUGAAGCGCAGGGACUUCAGACCGAGGCGAUUCUGCACCCUGUCGGGGAGGGAAGGGCCUGAGCUCAGAAGCCUUGGGCAGCAGCCCUGGAGCCCGGCCAAUCCUACAGGAAAUGCGCCUGUUCUGGAACUCUCCAAGAGUGAGGCUGGAACACGAAAGGGCACAGAUUGGCCCUGUGCUCGCCUCCGAGGAAGGCGUCGUGUGGGUGUGGCCCCUUGUGUACGGCCGGCCGCCCACGAGGGGCUCCCAGGUGCUGCCCACGAGGGGCUGACCAGGCUGUCGCCGGCAUCUGCACCCAUAGCCCGCCUGCAGGACGCUUUGCAGAGACGGAGUUGCUGGACCUGGACAUGGGGCUUCAUUAGAUUUCAUUCCAGCCGCUCCUCUCGGCUCCUCAGACCCUGCCGCGGCACCGGAGACGGGCUCUGGGCUGCCAACUCCGAUCGUCCUGUUUUCCCCGAAGCCGGCCGUCCGCCCGGCAGGGAGUGUCUGCAGCCACCGGGUGGGGCGACCCCCGUGUGCGUGUACAUGCGGGACGAGGUGACCGGCGGAGCAGCCCUGCGGACCACGACCCUGCAGUCGCUGGGCCUCACCGGGGGCAGCGCCACCAUCAGGUUUGCCACGAAGUGCUGUGACCCUGCAGGCAAGCAGGAGCCCGGGGCGGCCGGGAGCAAGGCCUCCGGAAGCCCGACCUCCUCCGCGUCGGCUGAGCGGGUGGCUGGCAGUCCUCUGCUUCCGUCGAACUCAGGGGAGCCCAGCAGGGUCGACCUGGGCUGUCCAGACGACGUGGGCAUCUCGGGGACCAGCCACGUGGACGGGCUGGGCCCGAAAGCAGCAGACACUGAGGCGGAGCAGAGUGGGAAGGCGUCCACGCCUGCCCCCUUCGUUCCUUUCUCCGGUGGGGGUCAGCGACUGGGGGGCCCUUCUGGGUCCACGAGGUCUCUGCCAGCGCCUCUAGCCAAACUGCCGAAGUCCCUCUCCAGCCCCGGAGGCCCCUCCAAGCCGAAGAAGUCGAAGCCCGGCCAGGAACCCCAGCAGGAGCCGGAGCCAAUGCCGCCCGAGGACCCGCAGCCUGUGGACCGGGAGCCCGUGGUGUGCCACCCUGACCUGGAGGAGCUGCUCCAGGCCUGGCCGGCAGAGCUGCCCGACGGGUUCUUCGAGGUGACCCUGGACGACGUGAGGAGCCGCUUGGCCCAGCUCAGGAGCGAGCGGAAGCGCCUGGAAGAAGCCCCCUUGGUGACCAAGGCCUUCCGGGAGGCGCAGAUGAAGGAGAAGCUGGAGCGCUACCCGAAGGUGGCUCUGAGGGUCCUGUUCCCUGACCGCUACAUCCUGCAGGGCUUCUUCCGCCCCAGCGAGACAGUGGGGGAUUUGCGAGACUUCGUGAGAAGCCACCUGGGGAACCCCGAGUUGCCAUUUCACCUGUUCAUCGCCCCUCCAAAGACCGUGCUGGACGACCACGCGCUGACCCUCUUUCAGGCGAACCUCUUCCCUGCUGCCCUCGUGCACUUUGGAGCCGAGGAGCCCACAGGUCUCUACCUGGAGCCCAGGCUGCUGGAACACACUGUGUCCCCGUCUGCCGCUGACGUGCUGGUGGCCAGGUGCAUGUCCAGGGCCGCUGGGUCCCCACCCCCAUUGCCAGCCCCUGAUGCUGUACCCCUGGUGUCCAAGCUGACUGCUGAGGAGGGGGCACUGGGCCCCCUGGAGCCCACCCCAGGCACAGCCCAGCCUGUGAGGAGGAGCCUGGGCAAGGUGCCCAAGUGGCUGAAGCUGCCAGCCAGCAAGAGGUGAGAGCUGCCAGCCCAGGAGCCCACUCUGCCGGCCUAAGGACCCCCGACCCCUCACCCUGAGUGGGAAUAAAGACCCGCACUUCCCUUGA